AUCGGCUAUCCCAAAAGCCAAAAACUAGCCGAGAGAACGGCCGUCUCAAUUCAAAAUCCCGCCCACUCCCUUUCUCUCUCGCUCCCCCAUCCCCUCUUCCUCCCCGUUUCUUCCACCGCUUCGCCCCCCGAAUCUCAAACCCUAGUCAAACCUCACCGGCGGCGAGAGGGGAGCCCCGCCUCCGCCUCCUUCGCCUACUCCUCCGCCAUGAACAACUUCCACGUCUACGAGGCCAUCGGCCGCGGCAAGCACUCGACGGUGUAUAAGGGGCGGAAGAAGAAGACCAUCGAGUACUUCGCCGUCAAGAGUGUUGACAAGUCGCAGCGCUCCAAGGUCCUCAACGAGGUUCGGAUGCUCCAUUCUUUAGACCAUGCAAAUGUCCUGAAAUUUUACUCAUGGUAUGAGACCUCUGCACAUUUCUGGUUAAUAUUGGAGUAUUGCGUUGGUGGAGACCUGAAGGGCUUGCUUGAGCAGGAUAAGAAGCUUCCUGAAAAUUCUAUUCAUGACCUGGCUUAUGAUCUCAUCAGAGCUCUUCAGUUCUUGCAUUCUCAAGGAAUUAUAUAUUGUGAUCUGAAGCCAUCAAACAUUCUACUUGAUGAAUUUGGAUGCAUGAAGCUGUGCGACUUUGGAUUAGCAAGGCGCUUAAAAGACAUCGAGAAAACCAAUCCUGGAGAUGUGCCACAACCCAUGAGGGGUACACCAUGCUAUAUGGCUCCUGAAUUAUUUCGAGAGGGAGGAGUCCACUCAUAUGCUUCGGAUUUCUGGGCACUUGGUUGUGUUUUGUAUGAAUGCUAUACAGGAAGGCCCCCUUUUGUGGGUAGAGAAUUUACACAGUUAGUCAAAUCUAUAAUUUCGGAUCCUACACCGCCUUUGCCUGAUAAUCCAUCAAGGUCCUUACAAAAUCUGAUUGAUUGCUUGCUCAUGAAAGAUCCGGCAGAAAGGUUACAGUGGUCUGAAUUGUGUGAACACAACUUUUGGAGAACCAGUAUACCGAUGAUUCCUUUACCACUUCAGCCUGCUUUUGACAACAUGAUCGAACUUUCUGCUACACCAUAUCUAGCUGAGAGAAAUGGUGACAAACCUUCCAGACAGUUGACACCACCCAAGCACCGUGAGUAUAUUGGCCUUGGCCUUAAAAAGAAGGAUGAGAAUUCUGCCAAGGGUUUCACAACACCUGUUAAGAAUUUGCAAAGUGGCAAGAGAAAUAGUGCGAAACCUAAGGCUGAUGGUUUCAAAGGUGUAAAUAUCCUCAGGAUGUCUCGCAUAGCUAAGUUGAAUUUGCAAAGGGAAAGGGACAAGGAGAACUACAGGCGUCCUCCCACAGAAACAUCUGAGAAUGAAACUGAAGUUAAGAUAGAAAAUAAUGACAUGGAGCUUGAUUUUGGUGAAAAUCCAGAGGGAGAUGUGCCUGAUGACACUGAUGGAUCUGAUCAUCCAGGAUCAGCAGCACAUGAAAAGCCUCAAGCCACUGAUGGUAAUGAAGAGAAUUGUAUGGCAAAUCAGGUUGACAUGCUUACAGAUGAGGGGUCAGUUAAGCCCGAUAUCAUGAUGAAAACUGAGCAGAAUUCUUGUUCAGAUAACCUGGAUGUGGUGGCCACUCCACCAAGUAUCUGUAUGCGAAAAGCACAACGUGCAAAGGUAACUCCAUGUUCUGCAAAUGGUUCUGAGCCAACUAACAUCUUUGAAGCAUUCUGGCAUCCAACAGACCUUGCAGUUAAACCAGUUAUGCCUAGUAGGAAAGCAGAUAGAGCUGUGGACACGGUUCCCACACUUCCUUUCGAAGCUCUUACAGCAUGUGAUUAUAUUAAGUUGCCACAGGAGCAGUUGAAUGCAUUCAACAGUCAGAUACUUCAGAGUUUAAGUGGAACUUUUCAGGUUUCAGAAAAACAAAAUACAAUCAGAUACCUAGAGAUGUUAAGCAUGAACUCAGAUGCUGCAAACAAAAUAACUAAUGGCCCAAUUAUGUUGCUUCUUAUAAAAAUGCUUCGACUGUCAAAAACUUCAGUCUUACGUGUCCAAAUUGCCUCACUUAUGGGGUUGCUGAUACGCUAUUCCACGGCUCUUGAUGUGGAGCUGGCAAGUUCAGGAAUUCUCAAUGCGUUAUCAGAUGGAUUAAGGGAUAAGAAUGAUAAACUCAGGAGAUUCUGUAUGGCAACACUGGGAGAGUUGUUAUUCUACAUUUCUACCAAGUCUGAUCAAGAUACCAAAGAAAUCAAUAACCAAGAAUCCCCUUUGAAGGAUAACAGGCCUGCAACUUCAUGGCAGGUUCCCAAUGCUGUAAUUGCACUGGUGUCAUCUAUCUUGCGAAAGGGUGAAGAUGAUCUAGCUCAGUUAUAUGCCUUACGGACAAUCGAUAACAUAUGUAGCCAAGGAACAGAAUGGACAUCCCGCUUUGCUUCCCAGGAUGCGAUUGGGCACUUGUGCUACAUCUAUAAAGCAACUGGAAAGCAGGAGAGUACAAGGCUCAUUGCGGGAUCUUGUUUGGCCCGCCUUUCUCGCUUCAGUCCAUCAUGUAUUCAUUUAAUCCUGGAGAAGAUAUCAUUCAAGGAUAUUGCAUCCACACUCAUCAAGGGAAAUCCACGUGAACAGCAGAUUAGUCUUAAUAUUCUCAAUUCGGCAUUAGUUAACAGUCAUACUGUAACAAGUAUGAACCGCUAUAUUCAUUCAUUAUCGGAUGACAAACAAUUGGUCCCUGGGCUCAUUUCUCUGAUAGAACAGGGAACUGAUGUUCUGCGAGGGAAAGCCCUUUUGUUUGUUGCUCUACUUUGCAAGAACAGUCGAAGGUGGCUUCCUCAUUUCUUUUGCAAUGCAAAAUUAAUAUCAGCGGUUGAUAGAUUGGGAAAGGAGAAGGAGGGUUUUAUUCAUAAAUGUACAGAAGCAUUCGUGCAGUUGGUGGCUUCUUUGGUCCCUUCUAUUCUUGACACAGUCUGCAGUGAUAUACAGCAGGUUAUGACUGGCAAACGCCAUGGACCUGUUACUGCUUUAGCUGGGCGAGCUCAUCCAAAGAGCACGAUUUAUCUGUUUCCAGUUAUUCUUCAUCUUCUGGGAAGUGCAUCCUUCAGGCACAGAGUCGUGACAAGUCAUGUAUUGCUUCAGCUGGCAAACCUUAUUAGAAUUUUGGAGGCACCGUUUCAGGCUAGGGAUGAUUUCCAGAUGACAUUGUUGCGAAUUCUUGAGGCUGCUACAGAGGAGCCUUCUGUUGUACUUGAUGAACACAAAAUAUUCAUCAGUCGUAUCAUCCCAAGCUUAUCCAUCUUAUACAAGGGCAAUAAAGAUGGUGAUGCCAGAUUUCUGUGUUUGAAGAUACUCUCUGAUGUGAUGAUUGUGAUCUUCAGUGAUUCUUCGUUAACUACUGAUGAGCAAACGAUAAGUGAUUUGAAAUCGAUCUCUUUGAAGCAUUUUCUGCCACUGUACCCUUCUUUUGCAGAGGAUGAAGAUCCCAUACCCAUAUAUGCACAGAAACUGCUAGUAAUGCUACUGGAACAUGAUUGUGUGAAAGUCUCUGAUAUUCUGCACAAAGCAACAGUAUCCCAAUGCUUCGAAUUUUUAUUAGGAGACCUGUCAAAUGCAAAUGUAAGCAAUGUCAAGCUUUGUUUUGCCCUGGUAUCUGCUCCCGAGAUGGACACCCGUAUUCUUUCUCAGCUUCAAGUUGUUCGAAGAAUAGGGAACCUGCUUGAGUUUGUUGCUGCAAAAGACAUGGAUGAUUUUCUUGAACCAACCCUAGAACUUUGCAGAGCUUUCAUUAUCCGAGGCAUUGGCAGCAACAGAAGUACCGCCCUCUCCAAAAACCCAGCACUCCUUGUUGACAGUGCCUUCAGCAUGAGCAUUGCUGUUGAUCAACAAACUUGUGUUAUGGAUAUAUGCGACUUUGGUGGCAACAUGGGUAUUUUUCUUGAGAUAGUUGGCAAUUCAGAUCCACAGAUAAGUGACUUAGCAUCAGAUUGUGUGGUUUUGUUACUCAAGGCAGCACCUCGAGAGGCAACAGUGGGCUUGCUGACGAAUCUUCCUAAAUUGAGUAGUGUCAUGGACUUGCUGAAGCAUGACAGCUGCCUACGGCUGACUCGCUUACUAUAUGGCCUAGGCUUCUCAUGCAGACAAUAUCUAGCCCAGGGAAUGAUCCUGUCAAUAUCAAUGUCAGCUUUGAUGCGAGUUGAAGCGCUUGUUUCAGUUUUCAAGGGCUCCAAUGAUAACUUUCUUGCUGAUGCUGCUUCUUAUUUGGGCGCUGAACUGCAGCGCUUACCUCGCUGUUGUUGAGCUGCAACGUGGCCAGGGAGGCAGGCUGGCUGCAAUUGUACGAGUGAUCUUAAUAGGAUGCCCUUGCAUUCCUUCACCUUUCAUGCACCAUGCACAUGAGUUGAGCAAGUGAGCACAGGACCUAACAAGUGCAGGUUUUCUACAUCAGUGGCCAGCUGGUUGAUCUCAAUUGCCACUCUUUGCCACGACCGAUUGGUACCUUGGCUUGUUGAUGUGCAGGAUGUUCAUGGUGUCAUUUAUCAUCUGUGAUUUGGGGCUGCUGUAUAUGGUACUUUGUGACCAUCUGAAAGGUGGCAAGAAGAAAAUACCCCUUAUUUCUUCGCCAAUUUUGGUUGGCAAUUACUUUUCAGUUCUAUGUAAUUCUGCAGUACCUGUAAUUUAUGUGAGAAACUGUAGUCCAGUAUCAUAAUGUGUACAUUAUAGAUAAUCUCCUGUUAUGUUUCAUGUCACUGUUAAAAAAUCCUUGGCUCCUGAAUCUUGAUACUAUUUGUGUAGUCUUUUUUCUUUUUACAA